CCUCCCCUACAUUAUUUUACUCGUUACUUACUGGUCAGCGGAACUUCASUUCGACCUCUUCUCUCUCGACGCCAUCUUUGUUGGGUAACAAUGGGCAAAUUCAUUAAGUCGGGCAAAGUCGUUCUUGUCCUUAAUGGCCGCUAUGCUGGCAAGAAGGCCUUGAUCGUAAAGAACUAUGAUGAAGGAAGCACAGACAAGCAGUAUGGACAUGCCCUCGUUGCUGGUAUCUCRCGAUACCCCCUUAAAGUUACUAAAAGGAUGGGCAAGAAAAGGUCUGCCAAGAGGUCCAAGAUCAAGCCUUUUGUUAAGGUCAUUAACUACAACCACCUUAUGCCAACUAGAUACUCUGUGGAUGUUCCCCUUGAUAAACAGAACAUAAACAAGGACAUCUUCCGUGACCCCUCCCUCAAGAGGAAAGCUCUCAGAGAGGUCAAAUCCAAGUUUGAGGAAAGAUACAAGUCAGGAAAGAACAAAUGGUUUUUCCAGAAGCUUAGAUUCUAAACCUCAAAUCUUGUAAAAUAAAAUUUCAAAUCUUGCUGAA